AUGUCUCUCAUCAAUGAAUCCCACGAUUCCUUGCCCUACCUUGAUGUUGCGCCCUCAGCCUCUGCGCGACAGCAAGCCCAGCAACUCAUCAACUCCGAGCUUGCGCCCGAACACGCCACAACUCUCCAUCCCUCAAUUCCCGCCGCUCCUGAAACCAAUUUCUCCUCUCUAAUCCAACAAGAGCUCGCACGCAAGGAAGCCGGUGCUCCUUUUACUGGUGGCAUUGACCUAACUCGCUACGAAGCCCCGGAACCUCCAACCCGCGCCAACGACAAUGAAGCUCCCAACCUAGACGAAUGGCGCAAGACUCUGCAAAAGGCCUACGUAACCUCUCUCCUUGAGGAGAACGGCAGAAACGCCUGGCUGAUCGGCAACUCCCAGCUUGAAGAUAUCCUGCGUGGCAUUGAGAAGGAGCUGGCCGAUACCAAGGAGGCCUCUGAGGAGGUCAACAAGCAGCGCAAGAUCGCUCAGGAAGCUAGUCACGGCGAGAUGGUCAGUCUCGAGGAGACAUGGAAGCGCGGUGUGGGAGCCGUUCUGGAUGUCGAGUUGGCGUCCGAAGGACUGCGCCAGCAGAUUUUGGACUACAGACGCCAAGCUGCCCAGCAGCCACGAUAA